UCCGUCUCCUUGCCGAGAUACCUCUCCCGUCCCACUUUCCGCGAGGUUCCUAAGCAGAACAUCGCUGCAGUCGCGCCAGAAUUGGCCGAUACACCGUUGACUUACAUUCUUACUAAUCGACACCCUUACAGCAUGCUCCAAGUAUUAGCUGGAGUCAAGGCCGAAGCAGCUCCCAACGUGCUCCCCAAGGAGCUCUCAGUGGUCAUAAACGACCUCUCUUCCGACAUGCCCACCCACAUGCUCGCAGUCUACUCUCGCCAAGUACCAGCUGCCGCCAAACGUCGCGUCAAGCUGUUCCCAAUCCACAACAUCGUUCUUGCCUCCCACUGCGCCAACCUCCCUAUUCUCCAACAGUCGAACCCGACUUCCCCCGAGAAGGCUGGUGAAUCUAUUACGAUCCCAAUCGUUCCGUUGUGCAUCCCUGCACCGGAAGUCUUCCCCCAACUUUCCACCUUCCUGUACACUAAGCGCAUCGACUACCUUCUCGCAACCAUCCUGUCCUGCCCCGUUCCUCCUGCGCUCUAUACAGAAGACCCCACCAGCGAGCGCGUGUGCAAUGCUCUCCAGCAAUGUGCAAGCAAACUCGCAACGCUUGCGCCCGCACAUAUCCUCCUCACGCGUGCGAUGGUGGUGAACGGACUGUGGCGCAACGUUUGUGCGCUCGGGAUCAGUGACGAGAAGCUCUGGUGUGCCAUGGACGUUGCUUGGGAGAUCCUACUCCAUGCUCUUGCUAUCUCGACUGGCAAGCAACUUCUCUGA